ACCGUUGAAAAGACAUAUCAUCACCCACGACUAUCAUCAUCAUCAUCAGGUGAAACACGUGUUAGACCAAAACAAACAGUUGACUGCGGGAUGAUAACUGGUUGAUUUACUGGGAAAACAGGAUGGUUCAACAGAUAGAGGAGGAUGCAGGGGUAUUCUCGCCACCACCCCUCAUCACCCCCGGGACACUUCAGCCUCCCAGUGCCCUUGACACCGGCCCUGGCACUAUAGAGUCUGGGGAUGAGGUGGACAACUACUCAGGCUCAGGAUCGGACAGUGAAGAUGAGAUCGAGGUGCGGCGAGAUGCUAAGGAAUCGGAGUUUUACAAGGACUUCACCUUCAUGGCGUCGGCCGGGGACUACCAGAGGGACACAUGGGACGAGGUUCUCAAGUACCUGAAGCCCAAGCGUAGCAUCAACUUGAGUGAAACCAUCGCACGGGUCAGGCUGGAGGAGAAGGAGAAGAGGAAGAAGAAGAAGGAGCAGGAGUCACAGAAGGAGGGCGAUGGGGUGGAGGUGAAGAUCGAGCCCGGGGAGGGAGACUCGGACUUGGACUCGGAGGAGGAGGAGGGAGAGGACGAGGUUGAGAACUCCGAUGGGGAAUUCAUGCCUGAUCCGGACACGAAGGAUGUGCUGCGGCAACGGGAGGAUGAGGUGAAGAGGAAGGAGAGGCGCAAGGACCGGCCUGUCAAGAUCAAGAAGUCCCUGAAGGAGUUGCAGCAGGAGGAGAAUGAUGCCAGGUUCUUCGAGGACGCGCCACCCUGCCAGGCUGACACCACCUUCCUGGAGAUGAACUUUUCCCGUUCCCUCCUCAAGGCCAUCGACAGCCUAGGGUAUGACAAGCCCACCCCUAUUCAGGCCGCCACCAUCCCCGUAGCCCUUCAGGGACGUGACGUGUGUGGGUGUGCAGCGACAGGGACAGGAAAGACAGCCGCGUACAUGCUGCCAAUCUUGGAGCGUCUAUUGUAUAAACCCCGCGAUGAUGUGGUGACGAGGGUGUUGGUGGUGGUGCCAACGAGAGAGCUGGGUGUGCAGGUGUUCCAGGUGUCCAAGGAGCUGUCUAAAUACUCCCAUGUUGAGAUAGCCCUGUCAGUUGGUGGCCUGGACCUCACCACCCAAGUUGCCGCCCUCAAGAGGAUCCCGGAUAUUGUCAUCGCCACUCCAGGUCGCCUCAUUGACCACACGCUCAACACUCCUACCUUCAGUCUGGAUAGCAUUGAGAUCUUGGUGCUGGACGAGGCGGAUCGGAUGCUGGACGAGAGUUUUGAGGACCAGAUGAAGGAGAUUAUUCAGCACUGCUCUGCCAACAGACAAACACUGCUCUUCUCCGCCACCAUGACUUCCCAGGUGAAGGAGCUCGCAAUGGUCUCCCUCAAGAACCCAGUCAAGGUGUUUGUCAACGAGAACACAGACGUGGCACAAAACCUACGGCAGGAGUUUGUUCGCCUGCGGAAGCACCUGGAGGGGCAGCGCGAGGCAGCCCUGGCGUACCUUGUGUCCCGCUCCUUCCGCCAGAACUGCAUGGUGUUUGUAGAGACCAAGGCAAUGGCACACCACCUCACCAUUCUUCUGGGGCUCCUCGGCAUCAAGGCUGGUGAACUGCAUGGGAACCUGAAACAGACCGACCGACUUCUGGCGCUCAAGAAGUUCCGGGACCAAGAGGUUGACAUCCUGAUAGCAACUGAUGUGGCUGCCCGCGGUCUGGACAUCAAGGGAGUGAAAACUGUCAUCAACUACACCCUGCCGUCGCGCUACACCCGGUACGUCCACCGGGUGGGGCGCACAGCCAGGGCGGGGCACUGUGGCCGCUCCGUGAGUCUGGCAGGGGAGAAGGAGUUCCCCAUGCUUAAGGAGAUCAAGAAGUGUUCCCGCAGCGCCAUGUUUGAACGCAUCCUCAAUAAAGACGUGCUGGCCAAAUACAUUGCCAAGGUGCAGCGUCUGGGGCCAGCAGUGAAGAAGGUGAUGCACGAGGAACAGGAGGAGAAACAGUUGGCAGCGAUGGAGCAGAGCAUUCGCAGCAUGGAGAAGCGCCUGCAAGACCCAGAGAAGGAGGAGGAGGACGCCAAGCCACAGCGCACAUGGUUCCAAAGUGAUGAUGAGAUUAAGCAGAAGACAAAGAAACGAGCACUGAAGGGCAAGGCGAGGGCAGCAGUGGAGCGCGCCAAGAGGAGGCAGAAGGCAAGGAGGGAUGCCGAAGACCCUGAGGAGAAGCGUAUGAGGGGGGAGGUGGGGUGGGCACAACGGCAAGCGAAGAGGGAUGGCAAACUCAAGCGCCUCACCCUGCAGGACGACAUAGUGGCUCCAGUGGUGGACUCAAGGGAUGGUGGUGGUGCAGGAAGGAAGCGGAAGAGGGGUGGACCGACCUCAUCCUUUGACCAGGAGCUCACCAGAACAGACCGUCGCUCUGUCAAGAAGUUCCGUGCCGGCCCCUCAUACCAGGAGCGCCGGGAGGCAUUUGAGGCCAAAAACCCGGGCCGGAAAUUCAACCCCAAGAAAAAGAAAUAGUGGCUUUUUUUGCUUUCUUUCUGUCUGUGUGUCUCUGUUAAGUAUGUGUGUGUAUGUGUUGGGGCAGGUUUGGAUAUGUGUGUGUGUGUGUGUGUGUGUGUAUGCAGCUACAUCUUAAUGUCACGGACCACUGUUUGUUACUGUUAUGUCAGCUGAUUACUUGAAACUUUAAUGUCACCACAAGUACAGCAAAAAGUUAAGUGUUCAAGUCUAUCAGUCUGUCCUUAUACCAGGCCAGCAAUCCCACACAGGGCUGCUCACACACACACACACACACACACACACACACACACACACACACACACACACACACACAUACACACAUACA